AUGACUGGCUCUUUAUCCUUUGCAAAGCAAGGUUGGAAGUUCCAGCAAGAAGUAGUAGGUUGGCCGCCAGAGGGAACCUUUGAUCUUACUGUCAUUUUUGCAGUUAAAAAGAUUGUUUUUCAGGAGACCGGAGGACACCCGGACCAGGUUGCCUGUGUCGUGGUAUGGCAAGACCUCGCCCAGAAUCCCCCUCCCUGGGUGCCACCCUCCAGCAAAGUCGCUGUUGUUUCGGGAUCAGAAAAUACUCAAAGGCCACCUACAAGGAAGCCUUCCGCCCCUCCCCAACCCCCCGUCCUCCCGACACCAGACGACUCGCUCCUUCUCUCUGAGCCCCCGCCCUACCCGGCGGCCCUGCCGCCUCCUCUGGCCCCUCAGGCGAUCGGACCGGUGCCGGGCCAGGCGCCCGAUAGUUCCGAUCCUGAGGGACCAGCCGCUAGGACCAGGAGUCGCCGUGCCCGCAGUCCGGCAGACGACUCAGGUCCUGACUCCACUGUGAUUUUACCCCUCCGAGCCAUAGGACCCCCAGCCGAGCCCAACGGCCUAGUUCCUCUACAAUAUUGGCCUUUUUCCUCAGCAGAUCUUUAUAAUUGGAAAUCUAACCAUCCUUCUUUUUCUGAAAAACCAGCAGGACUCACGGGACUUCUUGAGUCCCUUAUGUUCUCUCACCAGCCCACUUGGGACGAUUGCCAACAGCUACUCCAGAUCCUCUUCACCACUGAAGAGCGAGAAAGGAUUCUUCUGGAGGCCCGCAAGAACGUUCUCGGGGACAACGGGGCCCCUACACAACUCGAGAACCUCAUUAAUGAGGCCUUCCCCCUCAAUCGACCUCAAUGGGAUUACAACACGGCCGAAGGUAGGGAGCGUCUUCUGGUCUACCGCCGGACUCUAGUGGCAGGUCUCAAAGGGGCAGCCCGGCGCCCCACCAAUUUGGCUAAGGUAAGAGAGGUCUUGCAGGGACCGGUAGAACCCCCCUCGGUUUUCUUGGAACGCCUGAUGGAGGCAUAUAGGAGAUACACUCCGUUUGACCCCUCUUCUGAGGGACAGCAGGCGGCAGUUGCCAUGGCCUUUAUCGGCCAGUCAGCCCCAGAUAUCAAGAAAAAGUUACAAAGACUAGAGGGGCUCCAAGACUUUUCCUUACAAGACUUAGUAAAGGAGGCAGAAAAGGUGUACCACAAGAGAGAAACAGAAGAAGAAAGACAGGAAAGAGAAAAAAAAAAAAGAGACAGAAGAGAGAGAGAGGCGGCGUGAUAAACGCCAAGAAAAAAAUUUAACUAGGAUUUUGGCCACAGUAGUAAGUGAUAAAAGGUUUACAGAUAAGCAGAAAGGGACCCUGAGCAACCGGGCAAGACCGACACCUAGGGACAAAAGGCCUCCUCUCGACAGGGACCAGUGCGCCUACUGCAAAGAGAAAGGCCACUGGGCAAGGGAAUGCCCCCGAAAAAAGAAAAACGACAAAAAAGCUAGGGUUCUAUCCCUAGACGACUAGGGGAGUCAAGGUUCGGACCCCCUCCCCGAACCUAGGGUAACAUUGACAGUGGAGGGGACCCCCAUCGAGUUUCUGGUCGAUACCGGGGCUGAACAUUCGGUACUGACCCAACCCAUGGGGAAGGUA